GCAAUUAAAAAAGACAUCGGCAAUAAUAAGCAUAUUGUUAAAUUUGCAUUUUGCUGACUGCGUCAUUCUAAACAGAGAAUUACCUUACAAAAUGGAAAGGUUGUAAUGUGCGUUUUUCUCUUUUACUGUUAUGCAUGUGUUACAUUUCUGCCGCAGGUUUAAAACCGAAUCAAAGAAGGACUAUAGCGUUCCUUGUGUGGGAAAAAAAACAACAAAGGAGCAUUCGGCAGUGUACACAUGUACUGAUAGUUGACAUCUUUAACGUUUUUUUAAAACGUCAGAGACCUCACACAUGACAAGGAAAACCGCAUAUCACACACAAAUUCAUAUCGCCACCCCCAAACAUGAUGUACAGUAUGUAGUAGUAGUCGUGCUCGUUGUAACAGAAGAGGAAAUUGAAGAAGUUAGGCUAACUGUAAGCUCAUCUGGUACAGUAAACCACAGUUGCAAACUAUUUGCCUUGCUAUUUUUAUAAUUGUGAAUGACAUGUAAGACACUUUACACUUUAAAAUCUAACAUUUCCGACUGUCGGCCCCGACUGUUUUCUGAGCUGAUUGGGGACACCACGGGAUAAUCGCAUAGGCUAAUAUUUCAGACAUCCGACAAUCAGGCCUUUGCUGACUUUGAUUGGAAAAAGGGGAAAUCCUCCAAUUCGGUCCAUGUGGGCCCUGCUUUAGACACAAUGCAAAAUAUAAUAUUGUACAAAGGCAUUUACAAAAUUACAAUAAUAAGCACAUUAUUAAAUCAUUAUCUUGCUGACCGUGUCACUCAAAACAGAGUGUCAUCUAUACAAAGGCAACAUUUUUUAUGCAGCUCAGAGCCGCCGCUAUUAGGGAGAGUCGUCAAUCCUGCCAUGUCAUUGCAAUGUCGAUGGGGAUUCCAGUUGUGUCACUGAGAUAUGGCUCAAUAUCAGCCAGCUCUUGGGGGUCUCCUACUAGCCAACAGCCAGGAAGAGCUAUUAAGGGGCCCUAUAUGGGGGAUUCCUGACACGUUGUCAUUGCAGUCUCUAAAGUAGUGCCGUUGUUUUGUCAUUGAAAUGCCAUCAGCCGUUUCUUGGGACCCUAGGCAAUUGCUUAUGUUCCCUGUCAUGUUAGGGUCAAUUGAAAACUCAAAAUUGUCCAUAGGUGUGAUAUGAGGGUGAAUGUUUUCUUUUUUUUUGUGAAUGGUUGUUUGUCUAUACAGUAUCUGCUCUGUGAUUGACUGGCAGCCAGUCCACAGUGUACCCCCCCCACCCCAAGUCGCACACCCACAACCCUAAUGAGGACAAGCGGUAUAGAAAAUGGAAUGGAUGGAUAUUUCAUUUCGAAAGAAUGUUUAAAAGUGUAUCAAUAAAGGACUUUGGCCUCCAUUGUGAGAAAAAUACUACCUAGAUGGGUCACAGUAAAAAGAAAAAAUUAGAAUGAAGUUGUAUUUCUUCAAGGAAAAAGCCCCAAUUGGAAUACUACUCUGGAUACUAAUAUUAAAUAUUAAUACUGUACUCGGCGGCACGGUGAGCGACUGGUUAGCGCGUCUGCCUCACAGUUCUGAGGACCGUUCAAUCCCCGGCCACGCCUGUGUGGAGUUUGCAUGUUCUCCCCGUGCCUGCGUGGGUUUUCUCUGGGCACUCCGGUUUCCUCCCACAUCCCAAAAACAUGCAUGGUAGGUUAAUUGACAACUCUAAAUUGCCCGUAGGUGUGAAUGUGAGUGCCAAUGGUUGUUUGUUUGUAUGUACCCUGCGAUUGGCUGGCAACCAGUUCAGGGUGUGCCCCGCCUCCUGCCCAAUGGGAUAGGCUCCAGCACGCCCGCGAACCUAGUGAGGAGAAGCGGCUCAGAAAAUGGAUGGAUGGAUACUGUACUCACAUAUUCCACGACAGUGUUGACUUUUACUUAGCGUCUCUCACACGCAAUUAGAAACUAAAGGGCUCAAGCCUUGGAAUCUGUUGCCCCCAAAUUGUUGAAUACACUUCGUUUUGCGCUAAUACAAUAUGUGUGUGUGUGUGUAAAAAUACAUUAAUUUUUUACUGGCCUGUAUUCGAGACGGGCCUUUUUGCGUCAUCAUAUCCGGUUAUGGUGCCUACAGCGGAAGUGUCGUAAUUUUGUCAUUGAAUUAAAAAAAUAUUGACGACGGAAAACAUGGCGGCCUCUCCAGGAGUAUACUUAGUUAUCAGCAACAUUCGCAAUUAAACGAAAUUAAAAAUUAAGGUCUCAAGCCUCGGAAUCUGUUGCCCCUAAAUUGUCGAUUACGCUUAGCUUUGAGCUAAUGCAAUAUAUAAUGUAAAAAUACAAUUCUUUUUGAAUGGCCUGUAUUCGAGACAUGCUUCGUCAUAUCCGGUUACGGGUACCUAACAGCGGAAGUGUCGUAAUUUUGUAAUUGAAAAAAAAUGUUGACGACGGAAAACAUGGCGGCCUCUCCAGGCGCCUACUUAGUUAUCAGCAACAUUCCCGUCGCUUUCCACUCGGCGGAUCUCCGGAAUUAUUUCAGUCAGUUCAUAGAGAGCGGCGGCUUCGUUUGUUUUCAUUACCGCCACCGGCCAGAGGUACACCGGGAGCCUCUAUCGUGCGGGGACAGCGAGGAGGACGCUGACAAGUCGUCCGGUAGCGACCGAGCAGCACCGGCAGCGGCUGAUGACAACUGCAGCAAAAAGACCAAGCAGGCGGCUAAAACUUGCUGUUGUGUCGUGUCCGUCCACGACAAGCACGCCGACAGGUUCGUCAGGAUGUACGCAGGGAACCACUGGAUCGACUCCAAGGGCAACUGGUUAACCAGGAGAUGUAUCAUUAAAAGAGUGAAGGUUUCACAACACAAUGAUGACAAGCAGUUCCCUUAUAAGACGAGGUUUGAGCAGCGACACCGGGUGUCCGCAACCGAACACUUCACCCUCUCCGACCUCAAGACCUUAUCUGAACUCAAUCCACCCGCUGUGAUGCAGAAUGGCAACGUGGGCACGUCGGUCAAAGUCUUCCUGCAGCUCAUCCAGUCGUGCCGCCUGCCUCCCCGCCUCAUCCGCAAAUUGGGCCUCACGUUCCCCAAGACCGGCUCCAACCGUCGCUACGGCAACGUGCCUUUCCAGUACCAAGACACUUGCACGCUACCGGCCACAGAAGAAACUGUUUUGACAGCUGCUGGCCAUGAGAUAUCGGGACCGGGCGCUUUGGCCGCUCGAACGUCAGCGCGGAGGUGGCACGAUGACCCCUGCGAGACAGCAGAGACUGAUGAGCCGCACACAGAAGAAGAGGAGGAGGAUGUGCAGUCAAAUGCUGAUGAUGAUGAAGACUGCUGCGAGGAGUGGGAGCGUCAUGAAGCAUUGCAUGAUGAUGUGACGAGCCAAGAGCGAAGCAAAGAAAGGCUAUUUGAAGAAGAAAUUGAGUUGAAGUGGGAAAAGGGCGGCUCGGGCUUGGUGUUCUACACUGAUGCCCAGUACUGGCAGGAAGAAGAAGGAGAUUUUGAUGAGCAAACAGCAGAUGAUUGGGAUGUUGACAUGAGCAUCUACUAUGAUAAAGACGGCGGUGACAUGGACGCCCGGGACUACGUCCAAAUGCGACUGGAGAAAAGGCUUAGGGAUGGUCUUGAAGAUGGAUCAGGACACAAUCAGGCCAUUGGCAGUUUCGAGAGGUUCACAAAGGGCUUUGGCCGCCGCGUAAUGGAGAAGCAGGGCUGGAAGGACGGUGAAGGGUUGGGGAGCAGUCAAGCUGGGAUGCCUGACGCGCUGGAGAAUGAAGGCAAACAUCCACACUGCAAACGGGGGUUUGGAUAUCAUGGUGAAAAGCUACUCUUGCAUCCUGGUAAAAAGGCCAGAAAAGACUUCCAUAUAACUACAAUCUAUGAUCAACCCAAAGACAUUGAUAAAGGUGACUCUUUGCUCAGACGCCAAACAAACACCAGCAUGAAGUACAGAGGGUGGCAGCCAGGUGGCAGCGUUGGGCCACGAAGAUGAUUAAUACUGUUUAUUUUUUUUAGUUCAUGUUAAAAUAUUGUUUUCCCUACCUCACUUAAUUAAAUUUGAGUACCCUCA